UUGUUAAAGUUACUUUUCAAAAGUAACUGUUUCUUUCCACUUCGCUUAUUCCAAUUUCAAUUUCCGCCACCGUUCCCGUUGACCUAUGUUCUGUUUGUUGUUGUGUUUCCGAUCCACUUUGCGAUUUUCGAUCUCGCAGUAUUUGUUGCUGCUUCCCGUAGUAUAUGUCGUGCGAGGGAAUCUUCGAUGUCACCUACGUGUACGUGCUACGGUGCUACGAGCUACGUUUAGGGUUUAGGCCUGCCAGGGGGCACCACCGGCACCACGAUCAAUCCCAUGAUCCAUCCAUCCACCGAUCCACCGUAUGCUACCCAUGAUGCUACAUGCUACCGCCCGAUGCAAAGGGAAGGCCGCUAUCCAUCCAUCCAUCCAUCCAACACCAUGUCAUGGCGUUCGAGGGAGAUGAUAGUCCGUUUCUCCCCCCACCACCCCAGUAACAUAAUGUUUCCAGUAAAAUUUUGUCUUCUGUGAGCAUAUCAUUACAUGUGUCCACGUCGCCGAAGGGAAAAUCAAAAACAUUGAUUUGGGCGGCCGUCCGUGCAGUUUCUUUUUGUGUAUGUGCGUGAAUUCCACGAGCCUGAAAUCAGCCGGAAUAAACCAAGGGGCGGAGUAACGCUUGUUUCCUGAACUGAAGAAUAUGUUGAGACUACACCUAAAUUGAAAAUGAGUUUUGUAGACUACGAUUCUAGGAUUGAAGAUCACCAGUGCCUUCUAGUACUGGUGAAGGCAAUUGGUCCCCAUACGGGUUCCAAGCUAUUUGGCCGUGUAUUGGAACGUAUUUCACGGGUGCGACACACCCGUCAUAGCCAGCUGGGUGGUCGGACCGUGUGGCUGCGUUAUGUAAAAUCCUAUCCUACGGAUGCCAGCGAAUGGGGAGACUUUCAGGCACAUCGUCGAGUACUGGGCCUCCUCACUGUUGGCAAGUGCCAAGACCAGAGUGGAAUGGAACAACUCUGCCAUCUGCAUAUGUCCCUACAACAGCAAUAUCCGACAGCCAUUGAUUCACGAUGCCUGCUCUUCGGGAUGGAUACCCCAUCUUCUCCGACAGACAGCAGUUGUACAGAAGACCACGACAGUUCUCCUGAGCACAGCAAAUGGGACAUGAAGGUUGUUUCCCCUCUGCAAGGCGGGGACGGAGCUCUGACCAAUGGCUACUCGCCAUUCACAGGGAAACUACGCAGUACACAGUGCUUGGUGUAUCCCAGUUUGGGACAGUGUGAAAAGCUGGAACACGAUGUCGAGGACUUUGCCGCUUCUCUGGUCUGGGUGCUAGAAUCUCGCCGUCUGGAUCGUUCCUUGGAGAAACAGGACAGGUGUCCACUGCUCAAGGCCCCUUUUGAGAGCAGAGAUUUUGUUGGACUCGAUACUGAAUCCAGGACCUUCAAGAAACGCUGCCAAGGCCACUUGCGUAAGCAAGUUGGCGACCUCUCCCUCCAGCUAGGUCUCCCACUGGAAGCUCUUGUACUAUACUCAGAGGCUGCAGACCUAUUGAAAGGUGUCCCUGAUUGGCUCUGGUUGGCUGCUACCUACGAAGCUCAAGUUGCUGCUUCUGUGGCCCUUCAGUAUCCCGGAAUUCCGACCGGAGCGCUUCAUCGCAAUGCUUCUUUCCCACGCACAGCUAGGACAGGUGUAUUGCAACAGCAGCAGAGUCGUUCUCUCCCCAAUGGAACAGAAGCUACAGAGUAUAAAACAGCAGGACGGUUCCUCCUCACUUUAGAGGAAAUGAUUGAACGGCUCAAGGAGUGUAGCUUACAUUACUCAAAGUAUUCACAUGCUGCUGUCAUCCAGAUGGAAUGCAACAUAAAAGCCACUCGCCUUCUUGCCCAGAGAGAGAAAUAUUUGAUGGCGUCGCAGUUUCUGCAAAAUGCAACUUUCAUGAGCAUACCAUUAUCCAGAGCUGAAAAGGUGGAAUGGUACGCAUCUAUGGCCCGACUCUACACUGAAAUUGGUUUUCAUCGCAAGGCAGCGUUUCAUAUGCGAGUGGCUGCCAUCAAAUACUCUUCUCUUCAAGAGGGAGAUGCGCAACAGUGUUACGACCUGUUGCUCAAGUGCCUAGAAGGCUUUAAGAUAAUCCUGGACCCUUCAAAAGUUGCAAAGAGCAAAUUCAACGGGUGGCCCCAACUGCACAUCCAAGUCCUGAGUGAUUUAAUUUUCACUGCAAAGAAGAUGCUCAACUACCCUGUUGCCAUCAGGCAUACAACAUUUCUUCUGGAAACAAUGUUGUACCACUUGAGUUGUACGGAGCAGAAAGAAGUAUGCAGUCAGCUGGUGGAGUUGGCAUCCCAGUGUGAAGUGAUUGUCCCCUCAGGACCCCUGGCCCUCCCGUGCGGUGUUUUAUUGCCACCCGUGAACCUGUUGCACAUUCCCCUUGUACGGUCAUUGGUAGCACAGUGUCCUGCAUCCCAGUUGAGACCUCAACACAAAGGUGUUUCUGUGACCGACUCUCCAUUCAUCUUCUCUCCACACCAACGCAAGGGACGACGGAAAACAGCUGGGAAGAUGGACUUUGACUGGGUACAAGGUGAAGUGUGUGCUGUAUCCAUGCAGCUCUACAACCCACUCCCUGUGGAACUGCGCAUUCAAGAAAUGUCCCUGCUGGUAGAUGGAGUGCCCUUUGAAUGUUUUCCUUCUUCCCUGGAGUUGCCCGCAGAGUCAAGUCCGUAUCCGGUCAAGUUGCUCGGAAUUGCACGUGCUGCAGGAGAGCUCCAUAUUUUGGGUUACAGCACUCGUGUGUUUGGUGUAACGAGCCAUUGCCGUCUACGUGAUCUGUCUUGGGUGCGAUGUGCCAACUUGUCGGUGGAAGUGGUUCCUGCACUGCCUCAGCUGGAAGUGACUUCCUCACUUCCUCUUGCUACUUCCUUUUCCACCCUGGGAGCCAAUAUUAUCUCAAACUAUGCACUGGUCCUCUAUGCUGGAGAAAGCCAGGUGUGCCAGUUGACGUUGACCAAUCCUAGCAGUGAACCUAUUGAGAGCGUGGAAGUAUCUCUCCUAACAAAGCUUGAACGAGAAUGGGAGACAUUUUCCUGGGAGAGUGAAGCCUUGUGGCAACAACUACCCAUUGCACCACAUGGAGGAACGGCUAUCCUCACACUACAAGUUCAUGGACAGUAUGCUGGGACUCAGGGCUGCACGGAUCCAUCCAAAGUACUGGAAGCGGUGGUGCAGUUGCGUUACAGUGGAGGCCCUGGGCUGCGUGCAAAAUACUAUCGCCAGUGUGGGAUUUCCCUGAGCGUAGAAGUGCUGCCUUCUGUACUUAUCACCAAGUGGGACGUUCUUCCAGCCCAAGUGGCCAGCCAAUGCUACCUGGUCUUGGAUGUAUUAAAUGGCACGGAGCACGAGAUGGAACUUAGCUAUCCCGAGCAGAAACGUAUGCUCAUUGAACCGCACGACUCGUGUCGUAUUCCAGUCACGGUUGACCGCUGUCCACCCCCACCUGCCGAACCCAGCUCAUUGGCUCUGCUUGAAGAAGCCUGCUGUGCCCACUUGGUGGACAGUGUCCAUCUCCGCUGGUAUCUUCAUGGUGUAGAGAAGAAUGGCAAAGCAAGUAUCACAGAGAUUGCUUGGACUCCCAGGAUGUUGGAUACCAUUCUCCUCUCUCCACUUCAAUGGGACAUAUCAAUCAAUAAUCAACCAUACAGAGUGGAAGAGGAGUAUGUCUGCACCGUGGGUGAACCACUCUCGCUCAACAUCAUCAUCAGCAACAUCUCGGAGAUGUCUUUACGAAAGCUCUACCUAUCUAUCGAUGGCUACCAGGAUCGACAAAAUGGCACUCUCAGCUAUCGACUAGAUUCCAAAUGUGCUCUGGUGGGCUGCGACAAGGUCUUCAUUCAGGAGUUGGGCCCACAAGAAGCGUACGACCAUGAUUUCAGCAUGGCAUUCUUCUUGACCGGUGCGUACAAGUUGGACCUGAGCUGCCGAACUCUCGAUUUCCAGAGCUUGGGCUCUUUGAGCGCCCUUGCACACAACGAGGGUGAAGCGACUCAUAUUUGGAAGUGUUCACCCUCUAUUCAAGUAAUGAUUGUUGAAGAACAAAGUUGGUAAAACCAAUUUCUACUCGGUUACUCUGUGUACAAUUAAAGUGUUUGUAAAGUGUG